GAAUAACUCCUUGCAUAAUGAGCAACGCACCUUUUGUCCACCCCGAUUACUGGCACCUGCUGGGCGGCCAAACGCCACCAGCAAAGCCACCAGUGACGGACGUGUACGCCAUCAGAGAGUCGACGACAAAACACACCAAGAUGGCAUCCGAUGCACUGCCUUUCCCCGCCGGGAUGACCACGUCGGUGAGCACAACCACAUCGGCCGAUGGCAGCAAGCUCAACAUCACGCGCUUCGUGCCGCUGUCCGUGCAACAGCGUUCUCAAGACACCGUCCCGGACAGGGCCAUCAUUUGGGUCUUCGGCGGCGGUCUGGUCGCGGGCAGCGUCGCCAUCUCGUUUAACAUGAUCGCGAGCUUCGCCGAGCGGACCGGCACCCAGGUCUUCGCCCCGGACUAUCGCCUGGCACCGGAGCACCCAUUCCCGGCGGCUCUUGAAGAUGUUUACGCGUCUAUCACCUGGCUGCAGGCACACGCCAAGGAGUUCAACGUCGACCCAGCCCGCAUCGUUACAGUGGGGCAGAGCGCAGGUGGCGGACUUGCCGCAGCGGCGGCGCUCAAGGCCAAGGAUGAGGCUUUGAGCCCGCCCAUUGCAGCACAGGUCCUGACAUAUCCAAUGUUGGACGAUCGGACCCAGAUCGAUCCUCAGGAUCUGCCAUUUCCGUUCUUGGUCUGGACUCCUAACAGUAACAGUCUUGCAUGGAAGGCUUAUUUGGGUGAAAAGGCCAACGAGGGUGAGGCAGGCUCAGUCAACAUCCCGUAUACGGCAGUUCCGGGCCGGGCUGAGGAUUUGCGUGGCCUCCCUCCGACUUUCUUAGGCGUCGGAGACCUAGACCUCUUCCUCGAUGAGGUCAAGAGUUUUGCGGCCAGGCUGUCGUCUCAAGGUGUCAAAGUUCAGUCAAAGGUCUACUCUGGAGUGCCGCAUGGCUUCGAUGCGAUUUCUGCCAUCUCACUUGGAGCUGAGCUAUGGAAUGACGAAACGACAUUCAUCCAGCAAUUUUAGGGGGGCCUGUGAUCUGCUAGGGUAAUUUGCGUCGCCCUGUGACAGGAGCCUGGCAUGAAAAGACACGGUAGAAUUCCACAUCACCGUUACUUCGCCAGGAACUGACUAAAUUUCUGUUGGGCAUAGACUUUGUCUGCUUUAAUUCCUCUUAGAAGUAGAAAUAGUAGUAAACUACUGCACAGAAAUCAGCCGGUAUGCGGGAGUUAUUGCAUGGAUAGCUUCAAGGCUACUCGCUUUGGUACAGUGGUAAACGCUCACGACCUGUCACAGUGUAGGUAGGUAGGUCGAGAUUAUGAA